AUCGACAAAAUGGGAUAGGAGCCGGGCCGUGACUGUGGGAGUGUGAUGCACGAUCCAGUGCAUAUUUACCGGGAUACAUGUAUCCGGUUUCCUGCAGAUUCGCAGCCCGCCACCACCAUGACCACUGCUGGCACUAUGCACGCACAGACUCAGUAUGGGCAUGGCUUCUCAACCACUUGCACAGAUGUUCAACAGGUGCCGCGGAGGCACCGACGAACUCUCCGGCGCACUCUGGCUUCUGGGUUGUGACUCGGAUUGCCAUGUCCUCCUCGAUGGCUCACCGAUAUCGAAGGAGAGAAGAUACGGGUCUUGAAAAAUCGCUUUUCUUGAAGACCCGUCACGGUCCCGCACCGCAGUUCGUGGGUUUUAUUUUCUGCUCUUCAUUGUCGAGUUGGGUAACUGGGUCGAAGUCUUGCAUAUUUGCCUUGGCAGUGUAUUCUAUCACGAAGCAAAAAUACAUCUACUCGUAGAGCCAAAGGUUCACCACGCCUUGUCUUUCCACGACAGGAAUGAAUGUCAGGACUGCUCCAAUCGGUCUAGCAAGUACCGCUCCUCGUUCUCUGCCUUUGGGCGCUUGUUGAUCACGGAUCACUGAUUGUCGCAGCCGCAAUGCUAUCAUCGGUGAUCAUUUGGGUCAUUCUGGCCGGAAUAAACUUUUCGCCUGGUGGACGGAGGAGAUCAGUUGCUAUGGCUUUCGCAUCGGGGGAGUCGGAGCAACAGCAGAAGCAGCAGCAGCAGUUCGGUCACUCGGUGUAUGUGCGCCAUUUCACUUGGCCGGCUCAUCCACCCUCUGGCAAUCCUGAGCAGCGGGUGAAAACACCGUCCUGUCGGAGCAAAGCGGAUCCUUGCGUGUCUCUCUCCGACGCUCUUGAUGUGGUGGCCGACCUAAACGAAGAAUUUGCAGAAGAUGCCGGCAAUACGUCCGAGGUGGUAAACGUGUCCGUUGUGCUGUUGGCAACGAAAGCGACGGGAUGCAAAGUCUUGUUGCAUCCCUCUCGGACGACUGUCACUGCAAGCUCCGCUUCUACAGCUAGAGUAGCUACAGAGCAGUUUGAUGUUGGCAUCACAAUAUCGCGCUAUAGCUAUACGAAUCUUGUAAUCGACGGCGGUGCUAAUAAUUGUAACCACACAACGCUGGUGCCACCACCUAGAAAAGGUCUGAGCGGUGACUCUCAUCACAAGACGGCUACCUUGUUGAAAUUUGCCGACGCCCACCAAGUCAGCAUCGAGAAUAUAGUGCUGGACAUUGGCGAGCAGAAAACUUCUGGCUGGAACAACGUUCUGUACAGCCUUGUGAAUGUCACUGAGUCGACACUCAUCCGAUUCUCCAACUGCCAGUUCAAAGGAAGGUCGGCUGACAUGAAUAUGCCGUACCUCGGACACGGAGUUUCAGUUAUGAAGAGUUGGUACGUGGUGUUCGAAUUUUGUGAUUUCAGUGGAAAUUUCAACUUGUUCCACAUCGUGCCGAGAAGGGGCGGGAAAGGAGACAAAGCCCAAGCCACGAAAGUUUUCCCCAUGUUGUACGUACUGCUAACUCCGGAAGCGCCAAGCAGGGACGACGAUGACAGAAAGCUCGCACAAACGUUUGUCUGCGCAAUUACAAAGGUCCCUGGUUCCUGCUCAAACAGUACGCACCCGCCAGCCCUCCUUAUCAGCGCGUGUUAUUUCACGUGCGGACAGGAGUGUAAUGAGGCUAAUAUGACGUCGACUCUGCACAGGUCAUUUCUCUUGCAGACAGGUUCUCGUAAGGGAGCUCUCCGGGGGCGAGCGCUUGGCAUCUACCUGCCUCUUAACACAGGCAUUCUUGUCAACAUUCACAAAACACACUUCUACAAUAUUUGUAGCGCUGUAGCAACCACAGUCUUGGUGAAAUUUUACAUGUACCGGCGCUAUACCAGGAGCGAGGCCAGUCUUCUUGUUUGCUCCAAUUGUAGUUUCCUUGAAAGUAUUGGCAUGAUGGGUGGCGGAGCGACAAUCAGGUUUCCAUACCAGUAUGGAAACACUCGUGGUGGUCAGCUCACUGGACCCUUUGUCAUUGUCAACAACUCUGAAUUUGCAGGCAAUGUGGCUUUGAGAGAAGGCGGUGGUGUUGCAGUUACCGGCUGGCCAGCGCCCGCUGCAGAAGGACAUGUGCGCUUCGUAAAUGUUGGCUUCUUUGAGAACAUAGCCAGCUGGAAUGAGCUACAUCUUCCUGGGGGUGCAAUAUCUAUCAACGGCAGGAGUGGAAGAAGACCAACCACUACACAGCCGCGGAGGACUCCAUCUUCGCGGCGGCCAACGCGCUCCAGUGGUGCAGGGAAGAGAAGACCGAGCAAGUGCAUAGGCCAGGCUCUCUGCAUACAUUUCUUGAACGUCAAUUUCACUGACAACUCUGGAUUUGGAAGUUUCCGCAUCGGCCAUGCCACGGCAGUAUUCAGCGGCACAAGGUUUGAGAACAACAGUGAAUCGGCCAUUGUCGCAGACCAGGCCCGUCUAAUCUUCAGUGAUUCUCUGCUGAUGGUGAACAACAGUGGAAAAUACGGUGGUGCAUUUCGCCUACGCAAGUUUUCCUGGGCAGACCUGACUGAGGUCACCAACUUGACAAUGGAGCUGAACACGGCGCAGGCACAGGGCUCCAUACUGCACGUCGAUCACGAAACAUCGGCGACCACACUCAACCGUGCGCUACUGAGCAAUCCGACAAGGGACUAUUUAUCGUAUCGUUGUCCGCUCAGAUUUCCGAGAAUUCUGGAUGAAAAUCUUACGGCAUUUGCGCAUAUUCUAAAGGCCAGUUCAGACGGCGCUUCUGCCUUCUUCAUGAGCGACCUCAAAACAUGUGGCAUACGAUACCGCCACCUGAUGUCAUUCCUAUACGAUUCUCCGAUUGAAAACCCUCGUUACUGCAUGCCUUAUGCGCCUGCCAAGUGGGAUAUGGUUAACAAUGAGACCGCAUGCGAUCAGUACUACUGCGCAGUUCUGGAGCAGUAUGCGCAUGACGGUUCUUGUCUAGAGCAGUGUGCACGCCAAGAAACGCCGAUACCACUGAGGCUAAAUUGUUCAAUUGGUAGAAGAACACUCCCGGAUGAACGUGUCCUGUCAUGGACAUACCCUUCCUGUCUGGAAAACAUCACAAACCACUUUGAUGAACUGGAGUCUAACGCCUCUGCUAAAAGUCAAACAUGUCAAAGGUACACGCCUCGCAGUGCGGCGGGCAAGGAUACUCGUACUUCGCCUGUCGUUCUGAACGGUAUCUGCCAUGGGUACAAUGCAAGUGUCUGUGAGAGACCCAACGCAUACCUGCAUCAACCACCGAAUGCCUGCUACAGCCAAAAGCAGGGCCUACUAAUAGUAAAUAAUUUUCAGAAGCAGCGCAAGCCUGGUGCCGGUGCCUUCCCAAUCGCUUCCAAACCAGCGUGGCUGAUAUUUGAAUCCACGUCCACCGCUUGCUACAAGACUGUCGGUGAUCAAGUAUGGUACUUUGGCGAGAAUUGUGCACAGAAGGACAUCUUCUCUAGAGCACUUCAGAGCCCGGUGGAACUGCAGCUGAGGACAGACUGUGCUUUGCUGGAAAUGGCAGAGACAUACAGCAAGCGCCGGUCCACUCUCCUACCCAUCUUGCCCGGCUACUAUCAUGUGCUUGUGCCCUGGGCAUCCAUGCUUCACAACUGGGACCGGGCAGAUGACGACAAGAAGUGUUCCGCUGACACUCGGGGCUUGUUGCGAGGCAAGGCCACCAGCAUAUCUAGAAUAACGUUGAAUCCUGCUCCAGGGGAGAUGUUCAGUCUGCAGGUGACAGCUUAUGAUCAGGUGUUGCGCAUGAGAGGAACGGCAUUGAAAGUCAGGGUUGUUUCCGAAUACCCUGUGGUGAUGGGACACAUGAGCUAUCUCAUCCUGCCAGACCUUGGCCAGGUCUUCUUUUCUGCGGAUCCCAUUCAGAACAUCUCGCUGUACGGGCCACCCGGUGCCAUUGGAUCCAUUGAGCUCAGCGUGAAGGGUGAGAUCACAUUCAAGGAUCUCUGGGACUCGUUUCUGUCUCUGACAAUCCCGUUUCGUCUGCGCCAGUGUCACCAAGGCUUCCUGAAGAUGGAUGAAACAAACAAAACCGCACGGGAGCUGGUCAAUACAUUCAGCUCUCCUUCUUCUUCGCAUAAUCUGACGGGAAUCAGAAAGAAGAUCAAGUCGCAGAUGGGCUGCCAGUGUGCGAAAACGUUCCCAUGCGUGAAAGCGUGUAGUUCAAGGGGAAAGAAGGCGUAUAUUAGCAGAAACUGCUGGGCAGGAAAUAGCAAGGAGGUGAGGCCCAUCGGUAAAAGGCCUGGGUCGUAUGGAUUUGACAGGACUUGGUUCAACUUAUCCAUUGAAGAGUUCUCCAGUAACAAAACCCGCUAUGAUCCGAUCGGCAGUUACGACCAAGAACUGAAUGGCUUUGCUGCAGAGACGUGCCCGUUGGGCCUGUGUUCGCCACAGCUACGCGGCCAUGACGUGUGGGUGAUCGGAGAUCAUAACCCGUGCGCUAGCCUGUGCAACUGUGGAGGUCCUCUUUGCACAAUCUGCAAGACUGGAUACAGGUAUACAAUGAACUUCAUUUCAUGUGUGGAUUGCAGCAAGCGUUUUCAGGUGCCAAUAGGUGUAUACUUUGCUCUGAGCUUCGCCAUUCAGCUUGUCGUCUUUGCUAUUCUCCUCUUUCUGAACGUCGGUCUCACACCAAGCCUAGAUACAUGGAUUCUUUUCACACAGGCAUUCUAUUGCAUUCAUUUUGACAACAACUACAGCAGAGAGAUAUUUCACAACAUCAUCACGUUUGGACUUGGUCGUCUUUGCAUCACGGAAGACAUUGAUGCUCUGGUGCGCGUCCUUGCACUGGUGAUAAGCCCAUUCUACAGCCUCACUAUACUCGCGGUUAUCUACCUUGCAGCGCGACGGGCCACCAGGCUGCAGCUUUUGCAGCGCCUACAGAGUCGCCACUCUAUCCGCCAUGUCUUCUGGCUGGUCAUCAUUGUCUCGCACUGCCUCAUGGUACAGCUAGCCGGCUCGCUGCUCAGCUGCUCAAAACUGAACGGCAAGAGUGUUCUGAACAUAAGUGCAGAUAUUCAGUGCUUCACUGGUAAGCACAUGGGCUACGUCUUGCUUGCCAUCGCAUCGCUCCUGGUUUUCGUGCUACCCCCGCCCAUGCUCCUGAUAUGGCGGCCCACGCACAUCUGGCCCGCGCUGACGGGGUUCUUCGACGAGGCGAUGCACAUCUACGUUCCGAACAAGCCCUGGUGGGCCAGUGUCAACAUGUUGCGACGGGUCGUCUACACAAUGGCAUUGCCAAUCAUCAGAAACAGUCAGCAUCGGCGAGUGUUCCUCUGCAUCUACACGGGUGCAUUACUGGCGUUACAUGGAUACAUACGACCAUUUCGACGCAAUGCUCGCCUGUGGAAGUUCAACGACUUUGACAACACAGUCGAGUUUGUCUCACUGUUUUCCUUACUGGUCUUGUCGGUAGUACGCAUUGUUCAACUGGAUAUGCAGUUUGGCAGUGAGCACAGAAACAGCCUUGCUCCAAUAAUCGUCUACUCCCUGGUCAGCACUCUUCCAUUGAGCGUUUACGUCUAUCGCUUUGUCCGUAGCUGGAGAAAUGUGCUGGGACAAAAAGGGCGCGAGCCGCUUGUUGUGCUGUGGGACGAAUCAAGCGAAGAAGGAGCAUUCAGGCUUGCACAGAGGCGAGAGCUUGCAGUGCGGCAAGCUGACAAUGCGGGUUCAGACUCGGAAAAUCUAUGUACACCUACAUGCAGUCCCUCUGCCGCUGAUGACAUCCAGGGCAGUGGCAGCAGCAGCAAUGGGCAACACAUCGAGCUGAGACCGAGUGCCAGUGGCAGCAGUCGCAGCCUGAAGCGCUCCAGCGACCUACGAGAGCCGCUUCUAAUGGAUGAGAUGGUAGCCAGCACUGAGCGCAGUCUGCGGGAGGCCGCUGCCUCUCCUGGACAUUCACUGCAAUCUCCAUUGAAACGCCCAUCACGCAAGCAAGAAAAGCAGAGCAGAAAGGCCAAGUGGUUUUCCAGAUAUCGGAAAUCAUGAUAAAAAUGAAGGAAGGUAAGCACUUUCUUUGCUCAAAAAUGUUUUGUUCAAAGAGGAGGGUAAAGCAGUGUGAAGUACCGCAGUGUGUCACUUUAGAUUUAAUUGUUCACCCAUCCAUGCUUUUGGAACAUGAAUAGCACAGCGAUAAUCCAACUCCAUGCCUGCGACUCAAUAAUAGUGUGCUUACACAACGCGUGUGCUAGAUGAAUAUCACGUCACAUCUUUGCCAAGCCAGUUUUGCAAACCCUAACCUUGUCCUUAGUGCAAACAAAGAUAAUGAACUUUGCAGUGGCGUCAAACUCCGUGUGUCUCAAUGAGAACUCAAUAAAUGCACUCACAUGCAUUUUUCCUAAUGUUUUGCACUGUGAUUGCAAUUUCUAGCUGCACGCCUCGCCUGUAGAGUUUAUUUGUGAUGCCAAGCCUACCAAUGGAUGUGUGCCUUCCCCAGACAGUACUGUUGUAUCUCAUUCGUGAGCUUAUCGACACAGCACAGAGAAAGCGGUAGGGUGUCAUAAAUGCUUUAAAAAAAAAGGACUCUGUAAGUCUUCACUACCGUUUUAUUCAUUUCCUUUCAUACUUUUUUACUUUUCAAAUCUUGGCGCAAAUUUUACGUGCUGUUGAAAACCAUUCUGCUCAUUAUCUCUCUUGCUUCAUAGGAUGAAACAUGAAUGGCAAUGCAUUAGAAGUGUGAGUCUCUCAUAUUAUA